GGUCAGGAAUUACCGAGCCGUGCUUCUUAUUUUGCUCAUCCAUCCAAAAUGGAACAUGAGUGCGCAGACUUUCUGUGAGUCGUUUGAAGCUUCCCAAAAAAAAAAAAAAAAUAACGCGCGGCCCGCUCGAAAAGAACCUUAAAUCUCACGCGUCAGUUCCUCUUGGUCUUUUUUGUUUCUCUCCCUUUUACCCGUCUCUGUUACAACUCUCGUCGCUUUCUUUCCGCCAUUUGUUGAAUGGGAAACAAGAGCGAAGACGCAGAGAAGCUGAUGCUGUUUGAUGGGCUAUUGGAGGCUAUGCCCCUUUUCGCCAAGGAGCUUGUUGCCGGAGGUGUUGCCGGUGGCUUCGCCAAGACCGUCGUUGCUCCCCUCGAUCGGGUCAAAAUUCUCUUUCAGACACGAGGAGCUGAAUUCCAGAGAACAGGGCUUUAUGGAUCAGCGAGAAGGAUUGCUACAACAGAAGGCUUUUUGGGAUUCUACAGAGGAAACGGAGCAAGUAUUGCAAGGAUUAUUCCUUACGCAGCCCUUCAUUACAUGUCCUACGAGCAAUACCGCAGAUGGAUAAUGCACUCUUUCCCUGACGUCUGGAAAGGCCCUACCCUUGACCUUGUGGCAGGCUCAUUAUCUGGAGGCACAGCCGUACUUUUUACUUAUCCCCUUGACUUAAUUCGGACCAAGUUAGCUUAUCAGGUUGUAAGUACAACAAAGCUCAACGCUACAAGGAUGGUUGAUAAUGAACAAGUUUACAGAGGGAUCCUAGAUUGUUUGGCUAAAACUUACAAAGCAGGUGGCAUUAGAGGUCUCUACCGUGGAGUGGCUCCAUCAUUGGUUGGGAUAUUCCCAUAUGCGGGUUUAAAAUUCUACUUCUAUGAGGAAAUGAAACGCCAUGUCCCUGAGAAGCACAAACAAACCGUUGUGGCCAAACUUACGUGUGGAUCCGUAGCCGGUUUAUUGGGACAGACCUUCACAUAUCCUCUCGAAGUUGUUCGGAGGCAAAUGCAGGUUCAAAAACUUGGGGCAUCUGAUAACGUACAAUUGAAGGGCACUCUCAAAACCCUUUUUAUGAUUGCUGAAAACCAAGGUUGGAAGCAGCUAUUUUCAGGUCUGAGCAUCAACUACAUAAAGGUUGUCCCAUCUGUGGCCAUAGGAUUUACAGUUUAUGAUAUUAUGAAAUCAUGCUUGAGAGUUCCGUCAAGAGAAGAAGCUGCAGUUGAAGUGUUAACCAACAAAAGACUUAGCCAGCCAUCCCAUCCGUAAUAAUAAUAAUAAUAGGAAUAAAAAUUCCCUUCUAAAGAGUCAGAAUGGCUUCUAGUCUCAUUCUAUUUCAAAAAUCUCUUGGCUGUACAUUGCAUUCUUUCGAGGUGGACAUCAUAUACCAUCUCCAAGUAGGUCUUACAUGUAUUCUUGUACUCCCUCCUAGAUAAUGAUUGGUUGGCAGGGCAGAUCUCAUUGAUUACAUCAUUUCCUAAGAAACCAUGUUUCUUGGAAGAUUGGACACAUAUCAUGUACACAACAGCGUUCAGAUAAAUUAGACUUGCAAUGUGCAAGAAUAAUGAAAGGAUUAGAAAUUUUAAACUGAUUA